AUGCACUACACGUUGGCUGCCCUCGCCCUCGCGGCGGCCUCGGCCGAGGCUGUCUCCCAGGGUUUCAACUACGGCAGCACGAAGCCUGACGACAGCUCCAUGUUCCAGGCCGACUUUGAGGAACAGUUCACCAACGCGAAGAACCUGGUGGGCACCGAUGGCGGCUUCACCAGCGCCCGUCUCUACACGAUGAUCCAGGCCUACAGCACCAGCGACGUCAUCUCCGCCAUCCCCGCCGCCAUCGCCACCGAUACGGAGCUGCUGCUGGGUCUCUGGGCCUCUGGCGGAGACAUGGCCAACGAGAUCACCGCCCUCAAGGCCGCCAUCUCCCAGUACGGCGACGACUUCGCCAAGCUGGUCGUCGGUAUCUCCGUCGGCAGUGAGGAUCUCUACCGCAAUUCCGUCGAGGGAGUCGAGGCCUCGGCCGGAGUCGGUGUCAACCCCGACGAGCUCGUCGAGUACAUCAAAGAGGUGCGCGAGGUGAUCGCUGGCACCGUCCUGGCGAGUGUGCCUGUCGGCCACGUCGACACCUGGGACUCCUGGACCAACAGCUCCAACUCGGCCGUCAUUGAGGCGGUCGACUGGCUCGGUUUCGAUGGCUAUCCCUUCUGGCAGUCCACCUUCGAGAACGGCAUCAGCAACGCCAAGACGCUCUUCGACGAGUCUGUCGAGAAGACCAAGGCGGUGGCUGGCAGCAAGGAGGUCUGGAUCACUGAGACUGGAUGGCCCGUCAGCGGUGACAACGAGGGUGACGCUGUGGCCAGUGUCGCCAACGCCAAGAUCUACUGGGAUGAGGUUGGUUGCCCUCUGUUCGGUGCGACUAACACCUGGUGGUACAUCCAGCAGGACGCCAGCUCUUCCGUCACCCCGAACCCUAGCUUCGGUAUCGUCGGUAGCACCCUGAGCACCACUGCCCUGUUUGAUCUGUCCUGCAAGAACUCCACCAACGCCACCUCGACUGCCACUGCUUCUUCCUCUUAUGCUUCUGCUACCGGCUCUAAGCUUAUCUUUAAGCUACAGCCCGCCAAAUUUAGCAUCACUUUCACCACCGGCGUGGACAAGUCUAGGCUCUCAUGA